UGGCGACGCUCAACUCUUCCGGUUCAAAACUGUAGCGUUUUUUUACCUCCCCACGAGUUUCGCAUUGUUGUCAUAAUGAGUGUAAAUAUUUAACCCAUGAAACACAAUUGUACACCAUCCAAUGUAGCAAACAAACGUUCGAAUGACCUUAAUAAUUUUGUGCUGUGCAUAAAUCGAGGAAUAUAUGCAGUGUUACACAGACCUGGGGGGUAUCGGUUCAUAACCUCUCAUCUCCAGGCGUUUUCUGUUUUGUGAUUAUUCUCGUUGGGGUGGACGUUAUAAUUAUUUAAUCCCAGUACUUUGGACAAUGGCAAUGAACGAAGAUUUCAAUUUUUCCGAAUUGUGCAGAUUGUGUUCAUUGAAGAGUAAUCAUCAGUUGCAAAUAUUCGAUAAAGAGGGCGAACAGAGACAAUUACUUUUUAAAAUACGCUCCUGCCUACCUUCUGUGUUUCCUGAUUCGCAGAUAACUAAAGAGGACGCACUGCCAAAAAACAUAUGCCAGAAAUGUGUAUACAAAUUGGACAUGUUCUACGAGUUUCGUGUCAGUUGUAUGACAACUGAGUCCGUAUUAAAGAAUUACGCCGAGAGUAUAAAGCAUCUAGCGCAAACAGUCAAUAAUCAGAGUGAGAAGGACAAGAUGUCGAGCAGUGGACAACAGCAGCAGCAGCAGCAGCGGUCUGCGUACGUGGAGGCACAUGCAGUGGCGCAUGCGGCAGUUCAGCAGCACAUGGCACAGCAGGCUGCCCAGGCGAGACUUGCGGGCCCUGGACCACCUUCAGCACCACCACCUAAUCCCACGUUUACUCUGCCAGACGAUGGGCUGGGGUAUGAUGACGGGGUCAGGGUGCUGCGGUCUAUUGGAACAUGGUCUCCCGAUUAUUCAGCAGCUAUGGCUCGACCCGGCGGUGUGAUGCCAGUAUUUCCAGGCACAACCGAGCAACAAUUCCCAAAUAAUCGUCCCCCAACGAUAAAUCAGCCCCUGCGAACAACAAAUAACACAAGCUCACGACCAGGAUCAGUAUCAAAAGCAACAAAUACUGGUGAGCCAACGACAAAGGCCUUCGCUUGUACAGUUUGUGGUAAAGGUCUGGCACGCAAAGACAAACUUGUCAUACACAUGCGUAUACACACUGGGGAAAAGCCCUACUCGUGUGAAGUAUGUGGAAAGGCAUUUGCUCGGAGGGACAAAUUAGUCAUUCACAUGAACAAACUUCGACAUAGACCGGGGGUGACGCCACUCUCGACACCCUCAGCGCCUAGUAAUGAUCAGGCUAAUCAGCAGCAACAGCAGCAGCAGCAACAGUCUCAGCCACCGCAACCAUCUCAACAACCGAGACAAGAGGUUCAUCAUAAGUUGAAGGAGGAACCUGUUAGUUGGACGUGCGAACUCUGCGGUCGGGUGCUGCUCACGAGAGAGGAAUGGGCUCUUCAUGCAAAAUCUCACUUGGUGGAGUCCCCAGGACCCCCUCAGCACGCAGCAGCCUACUUCCCUGGCUCCGUACCUCCACCCCAGCCGUACGCAUCAGAACGACACUUUUGCCUAAUGUGUCGCACCGACUUCACCGACAAAGCUGAAUUCAUGUUCCACGUACGUUCACACUUCGAUGUACCUCAGAGCCAACAGGGACCUCAACACUCGAAACAGGAUCCAGCGACCGCCGAAUUAAUUGCCCGAGGUUUGGUAGAUCCCUCGGGUCUGUGCAGCUAGAAUUUUCCCUACUAUCAUCAUCUGCCAUCGAUUCGUGUCUUACCAUAAUACAAGUAGAAUGUAUUUUCUACUAAGGAUGAUGAAUAUUAAACACGACCAUUCUAUCUCGCAUUGCAACAUGAUGCACCUUGUGAUCGAUCUUAAGACAAUGACUUACGGGUAAAUGGAUACACAGUGCUGGCACAAAGUUCACUCAGGGAAAGUUGAACUGGUAAUUCCACAAUUUUAAAGAAUUUUAUGGUUUAGUUUCUCAUUAAAAUCCAAUGCGAAUGUGACUGUGUCUGUACUGUGUAUCUCUUGUCUCAAAUCGAAAGUUAUUGAAUGAAUAAAUGACUAAUGAACAAAUUUUAGAUACUCUCUUGACAAUAAACAUGACAUUCCUACAGUGUCAAAUCAGUAUCUAAUUAUUGUAUGAAAUGGAAUAGAUAGACUAACGUUCCUAACGAUAAAUAAGCUUCUCUCACUCAUUGAUUUAUGCGAUGUUUGUUCAGUCGUGGACAUCAUGAGAGCGAAUGCAAUUUGCUUGACAUCGCUUACUUCCUUCUGUCUUCGUAAAUUAAGAAAAAUCAAGAGAUUAGGGAUAAGAGGAAACAAAAAACAUUUUAAAAAUUGACAAAAAAAUAUCUAGAUGUAAGGUUCAAGUCUAAUGGAUAAUGUAAGAGCUACUGGUGGCCUCCUGAGUUACGCAGGUUUUGGUUGGACUGGCCAAAUUGAAAGGACUGAAUAUGAUUAGAACUUUUAGUUUCUUAAAUUCAUUUUUAGUUGUGGAAAGGAUUUUUCGUUUCUGUUUUAAGUUUCAUUUGAGCUAAAAAUCUCGUAUUGAGGGGAUCAUCUCGUGUAUAUAAAAUUUCACAUAAUAGUGAUCUCUGUUAGGAUCUAAAAAUGAUAUUUUUGAUAAGAAUUGAGAGUUUUCUUCUCUUUAUUUCGUUUAGCAAGAGUAUAAAAGUGAGAUUUUUGGGAUGAUUUAUUCGAAAUUCAUGGACAUAUGAGAAAGGGAAAAUUGACGUUUGGAUGUGCAAUCAAAUAAAUUUUACGCUGAAUUCUCAAUUCCUUGGAAAGGAAAAAUGAAAAGGGCGAAAUUAUUUAGACGCAUAGUGCCUUCUCUUCUACAAAUACUUAAAAAUCAUACUUUUUUUUUUCUCCCGAUAGAUUUUACGUUACUCAGCGGACGCAGGAGGCACAGCUGGCACAAAAUAUGAGUAAGAUAGUGUCUAAGUUCAAUAUUUGUUUUUUUAUAGUUCUUUUAUAUUGAUUUUUUUAUUUGUUGAAGCUUGUGAUUGAUCCACAGCUAUCACAAAAUACCACUGUUUAUUUCAAAUUAGUGACGAUACUUUUUAUACUGUUAAUAUCAAAUAUUCAGAGUCAGUAUGUUACUGCCAUAAUCAUGAACAAAAAACUAUGAACUUUAAAAAAAAUUCUGUAUACUCAACCUAUACCUUUAUAAAUAAAGAUAAUAGUAAAAUGUA